CGAAUCAACCAGCAGCCUCUUAAACCCUAGUAAUAAUUCUCUUCACGAAAUCUCUCGCAGGAUCAACGCCGAUAUGGGUACGCCGGAAACCUCCCGAGAACCGUGCCCGGACCGGAUCUUGGACGACAUCGGUGGCGCAUUCGGCAUGGGAGCCGUCGGCGGCUCCGCCUUUCACUUUCUCAAAGGAAUCUACAACUCGCCGAAAGGCGAACGUUUCAUCGGCGGUACGCAAGCGGUCCGUAUGAACGCGCCACGUGUCGGCGGAAGCUUCGCCGUAUGGGGCGGUUUGUUCUCCGCGUUUGAUUGUACCAUGGUUUACGCACGCCAGAAGGAAGAUCCAUGGAACUCGAUCAUCGCCGGUGCAGCCACCGGAGGAUUCCUCCAGAUGCGUCAGGGUUUAGGCCCCGCGACUCGCUCCGCGGUUUUUGGUGGCGUUCUCUUAGCCCUAAUUGAAGGUGCCGGAAUCAUGCUCAAUAAAGUCCUUAGCGCUCAACAGCUUCCGCCGGUGAUAAUCGAAGAGCCACCACAGGCAGGGUUUCAGUUGCCUAAUCGAGGUCCGCAACCCGAUCCGGCACCGGCGACCGCAUCAUCGCCGUCGUGGUUUGGUGGUUUAUUUGGUGGCAAAGAUGAGGAACCAAAGCCGAAGAUGAAGACUGAAGUUCUAGAGAGCUUUGAUUCGCCUGCACCUCCAACUUUUGAGUUCAAAUGAACAUGAAUUUGCAGGGGUGAGUUCUUAUUUCCAGAAUCAUUUGAAUCUUUUUCCAAUUUGUGGUUCAAUCAGAGGGCAAUUAACAACCAAAUGAAAGGUUUCCUUUCGCUGUUCUUUAGAUUUGAAGAUAUAUAGUAUGUUAUAGAAAUAAAAUACCAGUUCUCAUUGAA